GCCAGGCUAAUACCAUGUGCACCAGUACAGGGGCGCGGCUCGCACAUGUUGACAACCGUGCAACUAUGGACGCUUUGAUCCGACAGAUCCAAAUGGUGUCCCACGAACAGUGGCAGUUCCGUGGAAACUACUGGAUUGGCGCCGUGUGGAACAGAACAGCCCCCUUUAAAUGGAUUUGGGAAACUGGAGGAAAAGUUAACUACAGCAACUGGCUUAUUUCGCCGCAAAUGAACCCUUCAAUCAUCCAGGCUGCGAAAUUAGCGUUUAAACAGGACUUCAUGUGGAUGUCCGAAAGCAUAACUUCUCUGCACCACUUCAUUUGCCAGUUCGCGGCAGUGGUACUGGAGCCAAGUAGCGGUGCCCCGACACUAAAACCCACAACAGCCCCCAUAAACCACGACCCCACCACCGGAGGAUCCUUGUCAACGACAGAACAGGAUGUCUCAAUAGCGACUUCCACGGAGGCCAUUAAAUUGGACCAUACUACUUUGACCAGUGGCAUAGUAACUAAUCCAGACACCACUUUGACGAGUGACAUUGUGGCUGAGCCAGUCAACACUUUGACGAGUGACAUAGUCACUAAACCAGCGACUACUAUGCCAAGUGACAUAGUCACUGAGCCAGACACUACCAUAGAAAAUGCCAUAACGGAACAUACGAGAAGCACGUUAAUGAGUGAUUAUUUAAGCACUCGGAACGUCGUGGAACCAAACAAAACCAAUGGCUUUGCAACUCCAACUAAAAAUGGACUGACACCCAGGACGGUGACCAUAUCCGACAAUCCAUCCGCACGUGAAAGAAAGCAAAACCGACCUAUGUGGGGUCUAUUUCUAGCCAUAUUUAUCCCAGUACUGCUGGUUUCCAUCGCUUUCACUCUGGCCUGGUUCAUAUACAAGAAACACAACAAUGCUGGGCACAGAAGGCACCUCCUAAUGAAAGAAAGCAUUUACACCACCGUUCAGAACCCAAUGUAUAAGACAGGGUUGGCGGAUACUCCCACUUCGGGAAACAAAGCCAUGGCGUCGUUUAAAGGAAAGCGUCCGUUCUGCAAUCAGCUUGGUGAUGACGUACACUACAGAAUGGAUAGAAUAGCUGAAGAAACAUCCUUUGAUGUCAACCGCUGUCAUUCCAUCGAAGAAAGAACUGUUGAGAUCUACGAUAUCGUAGAUUUUACACAAAUCAGAAGAUAAAUGUUCGUUGUGUAAAGAGUGACAAUGAAGGUUACGUAACUAAACACAUUAUCUGUGUACAGAACAGUGUGCUAGUCAUAAUGAAUGAAAAUUGGUUUCUGAGUUGUUUACGUCUACAAAAAGGCAUCUGAGAAAGAAAGGAUAGCAAAGGGAUUGUACAUCUGUACAGUAAUUGAUGCACAUGUGCAAAUGGUUCGAUAAAUUAACGUACUUUGUAAAAUGAAGUAGUCAAUGAGCUGAUACACUGUAUUUCACUGAGAUGAGAUAAAAGAAAAAUCCAUGUACUUAUUGUUAUAAAAAAGGAUGUUCGUCAGUGCGUCUUGCUUUCGUGACAAUUUCAUAAAUAUAUAAUGUAAUAAAAUUUUGUAAAAGAAAAUU